AGAAGACCGUGUAAACAACCUAUCAUCUAUGUUAAAUCUCGGCUCCAAUGAUGUCCUGUUUGUUGGAAUAUGUGGUAUUGGUGGUAUUGGGAAGACAUCUAUUGCAACGGCUCUCUACAAUCGUAUUUUUAAAAGUUUCGAAAUGAGUAGUUUUCUUGCAAAUGUCAGAGAAGAAGCAUCAAGACCUGAUGGUCUAGUUUCUCUGCAGCAGAAACUUAUUUAUGAUAUCUUCAAAAAGAAAGUUGAAAUUUGCAACAGUUAUAUGGGGCAACAAUUGAUAAAAGAAAAACUACGUGGGAAAAAUGUUCUUCUUAUUCUUGAUGAUGUGCAUUCUGAUGACCAACUUAAACGUUUGGCUAUUGAAGUCAAUUUGUGUGGUCCAGGCAGUAGGAUCAUCAUAACAAGUAGAGAUGAACAUAUUCUAAAUUUGGCUAAAGUUAAUGAAAUAUAUUGUCCUCCAGAAUUGGAUAAUGAGCAAUCUCUUCGACUCUUUAGCUUGCAUGCUUUUUCAAGAGACCAACCUCCUGAAGAUUAUAAACAGCUUUCCCAUGAUGUGCUAAAGUUGGCAGGAGGAUUGCCAUUAACUCUAGAAGUGUUGGGAUCUGUUCUUUUUGACAUAAGAGACAAAAAAGUAUGGGAAAAUAUGUUAAACAAAUUGCAAAGAAUUCCUCAUGCGGACGUCCUCAGAAAGUUAAGGAUAAGCUAUGACAAUCUAGAGGAAGAUGAGAAAUCUAUAUUUCUUGAUGUUGCAUGCUUUUUCGUCGGAUGGAGGAAAGAUGGUAUAAUUUCAAUGUGGGAAGCUUGUGGCUUUAACCCGAUAUCAGCAUUACAUAAACUCACUCAAAGGUCCCUCCUAAAAUUUACCAAUGCAGGAUCUUAUAUUAAUAAUAGGGGCUAUUCUUAUGAGGUGUUAAGGAUGCAUGAUCAAAUCCAAGCCAUGGGAAGGGGCAUUGUCUUUGAAGAAAGCCCUUGGGAGCCUACUAAGCGUAGUAGGUUAUGGUCCCUACGGCCUGAUGAAAUCUUGGAAGUAUUAGAAGAACAGAAGGGAACUGAAGGCAUUCAAGGCAUCCUCUUGCCCCCGUGUCAAAUGGAUACGAAUGUAUGCCUGCAUACAAAACACUUUGCAAUGAUGUCCAAGCUAAGAUUUCUCAAUAUUCAUGGAGUAGCACACUUAGAAGGAGACUUUCAGUAUCUUCCUUCUACUUUGACAUGUUUCAGAUCGACACAAUGCCCUAUGGAAUCAGGGAAUUUUUAUCUAAAGAAAUUAGUUUAUAUGGACUUAUCAAGGAGUCAGAUUAGACAAGCUUGGACAAGCAAGCCUCAAAAUGAAAAUCAGCGGUUCAACAAGUUGAAAUUUCUCCAUCUCCAAGAAUGUCGUUAUUUAAAUGAAUCCCCUAACUUUUUAUGGUUUCCAUACUUGGAGACAUUGGAUCUUAGUGGUUGCUUUAAAAUGGUUAAUUUACACAAAUCCAUUGGUGAUCUAAAGUCUCUGGUUACGCUUUAUUUGGAUGGUACCAAAAUUGAAGAACUCCCAAACAAUAUCUGCAUGUUGAGUUCUCUCAAAGAUCUACGUCUCAACCAGUGUUUAUCACUCAAAAGCUUGCCUGAGUCAAUUGGUGAUCUAAAGUCUCUGGUUACGCUUUACUUGGAUGGUACCAAAAUUGAAGAACUCCCAAACAAUAUAUGCAUGUUGAGUUCUCUCGAAGUUCUAAGUCUCAGCCAGUGUUCAUCACUCAAAAGCUUGCCUGAGUCAAUUGGUGAUCUAAAGUCUCUGGUUACGCUUUCUUUGAAUAGUACAAAAAUUGAAGAACUCCCAAACAAUAUCUGCAUGCUGAGUUCUCUCAUAGAUCUAAGUCUCCAUCAAUGCUCACUCAAAAGCUUGCCUGAGUCGAUCGGUGAUCUAAAGUCUCUGGUUACGUUUUACUUGAAUGGUACCAAAAUUGAAGAACUCCCAAACAAUAUAUGCAUGUUGAGUUAUCUCAAAGAUUUAAGUCUCAACCAGUGUUCAUCACUCAAAAGCUUGCCUGAGUCAAUCGGUGGUCUAAAGUCUCUGGUUACGCUUUACUUGGAUGGUACCAAAAUUGAAGAACUCCCAAACAAUAUCUGCAUGUUGAGUUCUCUCGAAGUUCUAAGUCUCAGUCAAUGUUCAUCAAUCAAAAGCUUGCCUAAAUCAAUUGGUGAUCUAAAGUCUCUGGUCAAGCUUUUGUUGGAUGGUACCAAAAUUGAAGAACUCCCAAACAAUAUAUGCAUGUUGAGUUCUCUCAAAGAUUUAAGUCUCAACCAGUGUUCAUCACUCAAAAGCUUGCCUGAGUCAAUCGGUGGUCUAAAGUCUCUGGUUACGCUUUACUUGGAUGGUACCAAAAUUGAAGAACUCCCAAACAAUAUCUGCAUGUUGAGUUCUCUCAAAGUUCUAUGUCUCAACCAGUGUUCAUCACUCAAAAGCUUGCCUGAGUCAAUCGGUGAUCUAAAGUCUCUGGUUACGCUUUACUUGGAUGGUACCAAAAUUGAAGAACUCCCAAACAAUAUCUGCAUGCUAUGUUCUCUCAAUGAUUUAAGCCUCUAUCAAUGCUCAUCACUCAAAAGCUUGCCUGAGUCAUUCGGUGAUCUAAAGUCUCUGGUUAUGCUUUCCUUGGGUGCUACCAAAAUUGAAGAACUCCCAAACAAUAUCUGCAUGUUGAGUUCUCUCACAAAUCUAAGUCUCAAGCAGUGUUCAUCACUCAAAAGCUUGCCUGAGUCAAUCGGUGAUCUAACUUCUCUGGUUAUGCUUUACUUGGAUGGGACCAAAAUUGAAGAACUCCCAAACAAUAUCUGCAUGUUGAGUUCUCUCGAAGUUCUAAGUCUCAGUCAAUGUUCAUCAAUCAAAAGCUUGCCUAAAUCAAUUGGUGAUCUAAAGUCUCUGGUCAAGCUUUUGUUGGAUGGUACCAAAAUUAAAGAAUUCCCAAAUAGUAUUUGCAUACUGAGUUCUCUAAAAACCCUUAAUCUUUGUGGAUUGGAGUCACUAAACGAGUUGCCUAAGCCAAUUAGUAAUCUUGAAUCUUUGGGUGAACUUUUUUUGAGCGGGACACAUAUUAAAGAACUGCCCAAUGAUUUUGGAUGUUUGGAGAAACUUGUGGAAUUAAGGGUUAAGGAUUGCCAUAACCUAGUCAAGUUACCAAUAUUUGAGGGGAGACCAAGCCGUUUGCGUCGCAUUAACCUGAUAGGAACCAGUGUUUUACCAUCAUCAUAUGAUUCUCUAGUAACGCUCCACAGUUUAGAGGAGUUAAAAAUAGGGAACAAGCUUGAAACCUCUCUCCCCCCCUGGAUUAGUGGUCUUCAACCGCUUGAAAGGCUCAAAUUACGAGGAUACACGAGGCUCGAGUCACUCCCGGAUUUGUCAAGCCUGACUAAUUUGAAGGAAUUAACACUUCGUAAUUGUGAAAAGUUGAAUGAUAUUGGAGGCAUCAAGGGAAUAAAGUCUUUGAAACAGCUGUACAUGGAAAACUGCUACACCAUAACAAAUGCUAGAAGGAAGAUAUUUGGGCAGGGAACACUUUUAGUGGAUGAUGUUGGGUUACAAACAAGUGAAUAUUCGUUGAAUGUUGAUGAUGGUGAUGAUGGGGUAUGUAAGGGGUUAAUUCUGUGUAUUGUUUUUGCAUUCACCCAGCCCAAUCAGGAACAAGAGGAGGUAUGGCAAGAGGGUGAGCUACUGAACGACUUUCAGUUCCUUCUUGGGGCUCGUAUCCAUCGAAAACAUGGAAGCUAUUUCGAUUGUACCAUUUGGCUGCCGAUGAAGGGUGUUAAAUUAACUACCGAGCGAGAUUCAAUAUACAUUCACCAUUUCAAAGGGUCUGACUUGUUUGGGAUUCCAUUGGAAGGAACAAAUGCAAUUGAGAUUCUUCAUUUUAAGUCUAUCAUUUUAAUUGGGGAUGUCGGGUUCAACGAGGACGUGAAUGAUAGGUAUUGGCUCCAUUGUAAAGUGAAAUUCUGGAAGGUCUUAUCAUUGAAAGGCAGCGAAUGGGGCGAGCAGGAAAUACCUAAUAAGCAAUUAGACUGUAGUGAGGUGAGGAGGAUGGUAGCAGAUUUCUUCAAAUGGACGUCACACGACGAAGAUGCUGGAACUGGAUCAUCUCUCUCUGGUGAGGAUGCUCGAGGAGAGAUGCGGAAGAUGGUUGUCUCCAAAUCUUCUUCAGAUGGUGAUGAUGAUAAUGAAUCUUCUUCAUAUGAUGAUUGUGAAACUUCUUCAUUUCCUGAUGAUGAUGAUGAAUCUUUAUAUGAUGAUUGUGAAUCUUCAUUUCUUGAUGAUGAUGGAUCUCUAUUUGCCCUUAAUUAAAGAAGUGAGAGAGCAAUAAAAUGAUACGCAGCACACAUGUCUUUGCCUGGAAACAAGGAGUGGAGUUUUAUCUACAGAAAAUACAGAUGGGAGUGAACCAACAGAGUGGAAUGGAGGUGUCUGACUUUCAGUUGGUGAGAAGUUCUAAUGAAGUAGAAUCAAGCAGUGCAUGUCUUGGCUGUGAAAUUGACGAUCUUGGGCUGGAAAAUGGUGACAUGGGAGUUCAAU